CGCCCGCUUUCUCCCUCCCACAGCCCACAGACCCCUCCCCUCCCCUCCCCCAACCCACCGGCGGCGGCGCAGCGCAGCUCGAGGAAGGAAGCGAAGAUGGUGAAGUUCCUGAAGCCCGGCAAGGCGGUGAUCCUGCUGCAGGGCAGGUACGCGGGGAAGAAGGCGGUGAUCGUGCGCGUGUUCGAGGAGGGCACCCGCGACCGCCCCUACGGGCACUGCCUCGUCGCCGGGCUGGCCAAGUACCCGAAGAAGGUGAUCCGCAAGGACUCGGCCAAGAAGACGGCCAAGAAGUCCCGCGUCAAGGUGUUCCUCAAGCUCGUCAACUUCACCCAUCUCAUGCCCACCCGCUAUACCCUCGACGUCGACCUCAAGGAGGUGGCCUCCGGCGCGCCCGACUCCCUCACCUCCAAGGACAAGAAGGUGGGCGCCGCCAAGGCCGCCAAGGCCAAGCUCGAGGAGAGGUUCAAGACCGGCAAGAACAGGUGGUUCUUCACCAAGCUCCGCUUCUAGGCCGGCCGGCCGCGCCAGGGCGGUCUCUGCCGUUAUUACUACCCGAACCCUUUACAUUUUUAGUUGCUUGUUAUCGGUGACUGUUGCUGCGCUUAAGGUGUCCUGUUUUGGUAUUGCCCAUGAAGAAGACUCUGUGUUUAGCUUGGAUCUUAUGAGAUAUGAUGAUGUUUCAUGUGUUAAAUCAUGUGAAGAAUAGAUCUUUGUUGGAAUUU